AUGAAAUACAUCGCUGCCUUUGCUGCCCUCCUCUCUGUCGUUGUGGCAGAUGAGUUUGGUACAGCCUCAGUCUACUGCGGUUCUUCCUGCACCGACGGCACUCUGAUCUGGACAGGAAACGCCACAACCCGUCCGGAAGCAUGCACCGACCUUGGUGCUACCUAUGAGUAUUGCUACUUUGAGGUCGACCCGGCAGAAUAUACCGCCAACUGGGCCCUUCAAAUUGGAGGCAACGGAGUGUGCAAUGUGGCUGCGGACCCAGUUGUUGAUGCAGGAGACUGCUCGGCUGCUGGAAGCUACGACUCUUAUGAUGUUUACUUCUAUCUAUAG